AUGACUUCUAUACAAGUGAAGCGUACACGAACAAAAAACUUUUCAGAACAGGAGAAAGAAUUGUUAAUAACAUUAAUAACACCUUAUAAACAUAUUAUUGAAAACAUUAAGACUGAUGGUUUUAAUGUAAAACAAAAAAACCAAUCCUGGGCAGUUGUCACAUCACAAUUUAAUGAUCGAGUAGAAAGUGGGAGUAGAACUGUACAACAGCUAAAAACAGUUUAUGACAUGAUCAAAAGACAAACCAAAAAGAACCUCAGUAAUGAAAAUGUAAAUCUUUAUUUUUUACUAACUUAA